AUAACCGAACACUGGAGGAAUAUUGUCCAAAAUUGAACCCAAGGACAAAGUGUUCUGAAUCUGUGUUGACUGGUGCUUGGGCGGGGAAACCCGAGGAGAGCGGCAUCAUGGCAACCGAGAGAAACAGCAAAGCCCUGAAGGUGAAGCAGGAAUGCGGCGAGAACGUGCCCUUCCUGUCAGACAGCGAGCUCAUGUCGCUCACGGUGCGGGAGCUCAACCUCCACCUGCGCGGCAUGUCCCGCGAGGAGAUCCAGAAGCUGAAGCAGCGCCGGCGCACCCUGAAAAACCGAGGCUACGCGGCCAGCUGCCGGGUCAAGCGGGUGUCCCAGCGCGAGGCCCUGGAGCAGCAGAAGAUGGAGCUCCAGCGCGAGGUGGACCGGCUGGGGGCGGAGAACGCCGGCAUGAGGAAGGAGCUGGAGGGGCUCGGCGCUCGCCUGGCAGCGCUGCAAAGGUUCGCCAGAGGCCUGGAGGCCGGGGGAGGCAACCUGCUGGCCACGGCACCGCGCCUCAACACUGCCUCUGUCAUCACCAUAGUGAAGAGUCCGCCACAACCUAAACCACACAGGGAACAGGACCCUUCCUAGGUUCUGUAAACAGACUCGGGGGGGCGGUGGGGUUUUUUUUCAGUAGAAACACAUACUUCACACACAAUGGAAAAUACAGAACAUCAGUGCUACGCCUCGUUCGCCCACACACAGGAGUCAUUCAUUCCUGCAUUUGUGACUUCACUUUGGACCAGCCCAACCUUUUCUCAGUCGUGCUGGUGUAAUGGCCUCAUAGUCACUUGUUUAGUUGACGUCUAGAAUGAAGUCAUGUUAGCGAGGCACUGAUGUACAGUCCUGUGAAAAAGUAUUACUAGCGUCCAUGUUCAACGACCUCUUUGAUGACACAAAAACGACAUCAAUACCAAACCCAUCUGUUUGAAUGUACCCCUUCAGAGUAAUGAUGAGCCCUUAUGAACGGUGGAGGUCUGAGCAACAAAUCUAAUGGUUAUUUGCAUAGUUGUACGUUUCUUACGUGACCAUCGUACCGAAUACGCCUGUGUCACCGGGGCUUUUUUUGUGCGGCCAAAAGGGCGGAGCUUCGUCCACUUCUGCUUUUGGCUACGCGACCAAAACACCAAAAUUCCGUGGUAAUACCCCAGCAGGCAUAAGUCAUUAAAACAAUGUUGAGAACUUACUGAAUUAGGUCCUGACGUUGAGCAACUUAAACCUAACGUGGAAACAACAUGCUUUUUGACAACGUUUAUUCAAUGUCAGGGUCUGACAUUGACUUGACUGUUGAAAAUUGGUCAUUUCACAAAUACAACCUUGAACUAACAUGCUUUUUGAUGAGGUUUAAUCAAUGUCAAGGUCUGACGUUGAUUUGACCAUUGAAAUUUGGUCAUUUCAAUAUUCUACAACACAAAUACAACCUUGAACAAACAUGCUUUUUGACAACGUUUAUUCAUUGUCAGGAUCUGACGUUGACUUGACUGUUGAAAUUUGGUCAUUUCACAAAUACAACCUUGAACUAACAUGCUUUUCGAUGACGUUUAAUCAAUGUCAGGGUCUGACGUUGAUUUGACCAUUAAAAUGUGGUCAUUUCCCAGCCAACAACGAGGAUCCAACGUGAGAUGCCAACGUUGUCUCAAUUUAUAAAUAAACCUAUUUUGCAACGUUGUUUUAAAGGACGUGUUUCAUCAACGUUGUAUCAAAGUCUUGUGCUUGCUGGGACAAGGUCUGCAUUCCGUGUUGCUUUUAAAUAUCGGUUCAAUCCUACACUUUCUCCACCUCAGUGGCACAACAGGGUUGCGGGAGGCUGGCGUAUCCCACGAACGAUUACAGGAUUUGUUUUAUUCCAAGCCAAGCAUGCUGGAAACUGGAGGAAAUAUGACUUUUAGAGUAAAAAAAAAAAGCUAUUAGGGCGGAAGGCCCGCUGGAGGAUGGCUGAUGUUGAGGGUUCGUACCGCCGGUGGCACACCGACACAGUGCCUUCAGUACUUGUGAGAGGUAUGAAACCACACCUGCCGUCCCACGUUGGUCUAAAACAGUUCCUAGCGUACAGUUCCACUCCUGCUCGACUCCCAACAUGCGUUGGUCAUCACCUUUUCUUUGUCGUUAAAACUGCGGCCGAUCCCCCGCACACAUUCCUAUUUACGUGUUUUUAUUUGUAAUGUCUGUCUGUGCCGUCGAGACGCAAAUGUUGAGUGACAUUUAUCAGAGAUAUAUUCUAUAUUUUAUUUGUAUUUAAAGGUUUUGACAAGCUAACGAGUGCUGUGAUGUUCUCUGUUUUCAGUACUUCCAUAGUCCGGGGGGGAAGAGGGGCGGGGUUAUCCAUGUGUCUAAUUCUCGUAAUGUGUGACAACGAUUCCUACUUCACAAGAUGUUUCAUUAUUAGCUCUGUAGAAAUAUGCUCAAAGCCGACGGCCGUAUUGCUGUGAUGAUUUGUGCACGUGUGUUUUUUGCCAUGUUUGUACUGGCUUGCAACAGUGGAUUCUUGGAGGGAUGUUAUUAUUUCUAUGAUUGAUUUCUGUUUUUGUUUGUCGUGUGAAAAUGGGGAAGGCCGAACAGAAGCUUCGGCGAAAGGGUGCAGGGGACGAUAUGCGGAUUGCGGAGGUGGAUGUUGGAUGAUGGGUAAAGAAAGUGGUAAAGAAAGCGAAAGAAAGUGUGAAGAGAGUUAGUUGCGUGUUCACUUGAAAAACCUGCAAUGAGUCGGCCACUGAGUCAUACUUUAGACAUUGUAACACAAUUAGACUCGUGUUGAAAAUAAAUCAAAUAUAUGAGGCUCAUAUUUAGCUGUAUGAAUAUGUGUGGUUUAAAAAAUGCAUUUAUUAUCUAUAUUUCCAAUGUCUCACCUUUUGUCAAUUUGUGCUGGAUGUUUUGUGAUAAUUGCAAAACAAAAAUGGUCUUUGUAUUUAUUGUACUUUUUCUAUUGUGAAAAUUGAAGUACAUCAUCUAUUUUAUAUAUUAAUUAUAAUAAAUGUUGUACAUAUUGUACAUAAAAACCUUGUGCUUUUGUGGUUAAAGUGCGCAGAGCAAACUAAGGAAACAUUUUUAAUUGCCCUGUGAUGUCGUCCGAGUAUACAAUUAUAGACUUUUAGCCCACGUCGGGUUUAUUAUACAGAAGGGAGAUUUGAAAAAAGUUAGCAUGGCAUAAAUAUGUUGGCUAACAG